GACUCCGUGGGUUCAGUCGUUCUACCGACAGCUUCCUGUGGAUUUAUGUGAAGACAUGCGGCGGCCACCAAAGAGGACUUAAGAGAACAGCGAAGCAGCAGCAGCACCAGAUAUGUUCAGAGCAGUGUUUGGAAACAAGAGAGAUGGAGGAGGAAAACGAGGGGAAAAGAAGAACCGGGGACAUGCAGGUGGCGAGGUGUACGCCCACAGCACCCUGCAGCGGGUCAGCGGCCAGCGGGCCACUCACACUGAAAGCCCGGGAAAACCGGCGAGGCUGACCAAAGGCGUGUCCAUUUCUUUACCGUCCUCCCCUCUUCUCCCUCGCCAGCCCAACAUAGCCCCCUCCCACUCGUGCGUCAAGUUCCCAGGACGGGUAAGGAAGCCGGAGUAUGUGGAUGACUCCUCCAGUCCGAGAGAACCUCCUGUCUUUGCCUCGUGCCGUGGCAGGGCAGACCACAGAGACCUCCACGUGGAGCCCCAGCCUGGCUCCUCCCUCUCAAGCCAGGAACUGAUGACCAGACUAUGCUUUUUAUUGGGAGAAGCAACGGCCGGCACUGCUAGCUCUCCUAUGGAGGACAGGAGGGAAAAGAAGUGUGAUACCUCUGCCCAGGGGGGGAGUCCCAGCUCCACUCUGACCUGCAGCACUGCUUCCCCCUGUUCAGAGAGCCCCCCGUCCACCCUGAGCACCGGUGCUGGAGGCCAGUCCUUGCCCCAGCCUUUACCCUUACCCUCUCCCCACUGUGGCACGAGCACCAGCCCCAGUGGAACCCUCUCCAGCCCCCUCCCAUGUCCUGCUUCUGGACCCGGGAGCAGCCCCGGGCCUCCGUCUCAGAGCCCCACCUCAACCCUUGAGAGCAAGGACAGUGGAAUUAUAGCAACCAUCACCAGUUCCUCCGAGAAUGAGGAGCGCAGCACCUCCAGCGAAGUUCUGACCAAGGACGAAGGCCCGGGGGGCGGCGCUGGAGCAAUGGGCCGUGCAAGCGAGGACCGCCAUCUCGGGCCAGCCAGGGACAAUCUGACAGCCCAGCCAGACGAGGCCUUACCUAGGACCGAGAUCAUGGAGCCGAGGACUCCGCCAGCGCCGAAAAGACCCCUCCCACAGCACCACGUACACGGCACUUCCUCCCUCGUGAUGCCCCGUCCAAAUUCGGUGGCAGCAACAAGCUCCACUCGACUGGAGGAUCUGAGUUAUCUGGACAACCAAAGGGCUGCUGGCCACAGGGGCUCCGUCCGCAAACACAACACAGCUGGACGCGCGAGUGAUGACUCCAAAGGGAGGUUGGUGCCAUUCAAGCAGGCUGACAUAAUGCUGAAACCGCUGCUGUUUGAAGUCCCCGGCAUCACGGCCGAAACCCCUUUCGUUGGCCGCGACUGGCUCUUCACGCGCCUGGAGGAGGUCCUGAAAAAGACGAGCAGCUGCGAGGGGCGCGGUGCCGUCAUCGUGGGCAACGCGGGGUCCGGCAAGACGGCCAUCAUCUGGCGGCUGGUGACGCUCAGCUGCCACGGGAUGCGCACGUUGCACGGAGGCCCCAACGUCCCUCACAGCCCCAGCUCCUCCCCUAAAUGUGGGGAUAGGCAGGGAAAAGCAGCCUCCAAACAGCCAGCCGACUCCCAGCCCAACCAGAGUGCUGCUGGUGGGACGAGCGAGAGUGCAGCACAGAGGAAAGAGGCUGUCAGAUGCCUGGCUGCCAAGGUGGUAGCCUACCAUUUCUGCCAGGCCGACAACACCUACACAUGCCUGGUGCCGGAGUUUGUGCACAGCGUCGCCGCCCUGCUGGCCAGAGCCACGCAGCUCGGCCCCUACAGGGACCUCCUGGUGCAGGAGCCUCACCUGCAGAACACGCUCAGCCUGCGUUCCUGCGUUCAAGACCCCAUCGCUGCCUUCCGGAAGGGCAUCCUGGAGCCCAUGGCCAGCUUGCGCAAGGAGAGGAGGUUGCCUGAAGAGGACUACAUCAUAUUGGUCGACAGUCUCAAUGAGGCAGAAUUUCACAAACCAGACUACGGGGACACCAUUGCAACGUUCAUCACCAAAAUAGUCUCCAAAUUCCCACCGUGGCUUAAGCUGGUGGUCACGGUCAGGACCGGCCUGCUGGAAAUCACCACCCUUCUCCCCUUCUCUGGCAUCUCUCUGGACAUCCUGCCAGACAGCAGCGACCUGGGGGCCGACCUGAGCGACUACAUCCAUCACAGAGUCAGCGGCAGCACCCAGGUCGCGGCUAAUGUCACCACGCCGACGGGCUCGGCACCCGAUCCUCUGCUCCUCAGCAAGUUCAGCAGCCACCUGUCCACGCGGAGUCACGGCUCCAUCCUCUACCUUCAGCUGACUCUGGAUUUGUUCCACAAAGGCCACUUGGCUCUGAAAGGAGGAAACUACCUGGUUGUGCCUGUGUCCCUGUCAGAGGUGUACCUGCUGAUGUGUCGUGUGAGCUUCCCGGAUAAGGAGGUCUUCGAGCGGGUGCUUCCGGUGCUAAAUGUGGCACUGGCGUCUCUGCACCCGCUGACUGAUGAACAAAUGUUCAGGGCACUGAAUGCAGGCAGUGUGAGGGGGGAGCUGGAGUGGAAGGACUUCCAGCAGAGAUUAGACAGUCUGGCUGGAUUCAUGGUUCGACGCAGGGAUGGCACACGCAUGUUGUGUCAUCCCUCCUUCAGAGAAUGGCUGGUUUGGAGAGCAGAUGGAGAAAGCACUGACUUCCUCUGUGAGCCUAGGAGUGGCCACGCUCUCCUGGCGUUCAUGUUCUCAAGGCAGGAGGGCAAGCUGAACCGGCAGCAGACGAUGGAACUGGGACACCACAUCCUCAAGGCUCACAUAUUCAAGGGUCUGAGUAAGAAGACAGGCGUGUCCUCCAGCGUUCUUCAGGCCGUGUGGGUAAACUGCAGCACAGACAGUCUGUCCGCUGCGCUGGCCUCCCUCAGGAACCUAUAUACACCUAACAUCAAGGUAAGUCGUCUGUUGAUGCUCGGAGGCGCUAGUGUGACCUGGUGCACGGAGGUGAUAGGGCACGCUCCCAUACUGGCCGUCCACGCCCACCUGGGUCAUCUGGAGAUGGUGGCUCUGCUGCUGGAAAUGGGAGCGCCUGUAGACGGGACCACGGACGGCGGCAUGACGCCCCUGUGCCUGGCCGCCGCUGCGGGACACGCAGACAUCGUCAGCCUUCUCUGCAAGAAAGGAGCCAAGGUGGGCCAUGCUGAUAAGAGUAGCCAGUGUGCGUUGGUCCACGCUGGGCUGAAGGGCCAUGCAGAAAUCAUCAGCAUCUUGCUGGGCCAAGAUUGGGGAGCGGCAGCAGAGAUUCCCACUGACCCACAGCAGCACCACAGUAAUGAAGCAGCGACUGGGAAAACACAGGCAGUGCAGCAGGCGGUCACGGCUGCAGCGAGUGUGGGACACACGCAGGUGGUGAAAAGCUUGCUGGACUUGAAAGAUGAACAGCUGGCAGUGCAGAUGGACGCUCACGACUCACUCUGGGGAGAAACGGUACUGAGCGCAGCGGCGGGGAGGGGGAGGAUGGAGAUGUGCGUGUUCCUCCUGGAGCGGGGGGCCGGGCUGGAGAUAGCGAACCGGAGGGGGAUGUUCCCGCUGCUCAGCGCCACCAAACACGGACACGUGCAGGUCGUGGAGCUGUUGCUGAAGCACGGCGCUGACGUCAACGUCAGCGACAAGCAGGGUCGCACCGCCCUGAUGCUGGCUGCCGCCGAGGGCCACGUGAGCACGGCUGAACUCCUGCUGUCGAAGGGUGCCUCUCUGUCGUCCGCUGAUAACGAAGGGCUGACUGCACUUAGCUGGGCCUGUAUGAAGAGCCAGAAAGGCGCUGUGCAGCUUCUGGUGGAGGCGGGGGUCGACCCGAACCAGCCGGACAGACAGGGCCGGACUCCACUGGACCUGGCUGCCCUUAACGGGGACGCAGACACAGUGCACUGCCUGGUGGAACACGGGGCCGUGCUGGAGAGAGCGGACAACAACGGCGCCAGAGGUUCUGACCGACCCGCCGGCUGCCAGAACCCGGCUCUGGUGGCUUCGCUGCUGAAGAAAGGAUCCAAGAUGGGGUACAGAACGGCCCCCCACGAUCGAUCAGGUCACGCCACGUGGGCCAUGGCUUCCUCCAAGCCGGACAUUCUCCUCAUCCUGCUGCAGAAGCUGAUGGAGGAAGGAAACAUGCUCUACAAGAAGGGGCGAAUGAAGGAGGCGGGCCAGCGGUACCAGUACGCUCUGAGGAAGCUUCCUCGUGAGGGGCAAGGAGAGGAGCUGAAGGGGCUCAAAGACCUAAGAGUCUCCCUCUAUCUGAACCUUUCGCGCUGCCGCAGGAAAACCAACGAUUUUGGCAUCGCUGAGGAGUUUGCCACAAAAGCCCUGGAACUCAAACCCAGGUCCUACGAAGCCUUUUAUGCGCGGGCACGUGCCAAGAGGAGUAGCAGGCAGUUUGCUGCAGCGCUGGCAGACCUCCACGAAGCAGCACGACUCUGCCCGUCCAACCGGGAGAUCCGACGCCUGCUGGCGCGAGUAGAGGAGGAAUGCAAACAUUAUCAGAAGGCAUCCAGCAACAACGCGGCGCAGGGUUACAACAGGGACCCUCACACCCACCACCACCACCACCACCACCACCACCACCAAACCACGGAGGACGAAGCGGACGUCUAUUCGCAGGGAAGCCUGGAGAGGCAGGUCCCGGCGGAGCACGACGACGCGGAGAAGGAAGAAGAGGCGGAGGAAGGCGAGGAGGUGAGCCUGCCGUGUGGGAAAAGUCCGGACUUCUGGCCUCUCAAUCCGUACGGCCCGAACAGGACUCUCCCUGGAGGUGCGGCCUUCGGUUUAGGGGAUCAGCCGCCGUGUUUCCCUCAAGAGGAGUACGCACAGAACCAGCUGUUCGUGGACUUGCCCGAGCCCGUUCCCGCCAUCAACAGGCAGAGCCACAACCAGGGCAGUAGGACUCAUCACCACUGCCACUCCCUUCAGUCAGGGAGCAGGGUCGGGGGCAGACCUCUCUCCCUGUGUGGUCCCUCCAGCCCUCUGCCAGGUAGACACAUCUCCACCUCCCUGAGGCCUGCGCCGGCAGCGGGUAUCGACAUCGGCCCCGGAUCGGGCAACGAACACCCGAGCCACAGUCCCACCGAGCACUAUCACCCCAUGUCACCCAACAGCUCCUCCCCGCCCGGCCCCCUCCAGAUGUACCAGCCCCGCUCCUCCAGUUUCUCCAGGGGAUCCGACAGACUCUCCGCCCACUCCAUGGGUCUGGACAGCCUGGCUCUCGCCCUGGGCUCCGGCAUGGAGGUUAGGAGGGACGGUGGCGGAGGGGGAACGGCCGGCUCAAGAGGCUCCAGCUCCAGCCAGGCCUCCAGCGGGAACCUGUCAGACGGAGGCAGGCAACAGGCGCCGGACACCCCCUGCCCCAUCAAGAGUAGCGGUAGCUUCAAGACGAAACCCGAGCUGAAGCCACGGCCCUUCAUGGGGGUCAUGGACAAAUCCGUGCGAGUCCAAGGCCAGCAGACCUCUGGCCUGAGCCGACAGGGGCCGGCAGGAGGAGGAGGAGGUGGUGGUGGUGGUGGCGGUGGUGGGGUGGAGAGUUUCAGUAUGUCCGUCAUGGAGUUCCAAGGACUAACCAACGAGUUCAAACGCGCCUCAUUCCAGGAGCAGCUCUCCGCGAGCCAGACCAACAGCCAGCAGCAGGGCCGAGAGUUCGGAGAGCGGCUCCACCAGCGAGAGGCCAGAGGCACCGCGUCCUCCCAGCUACGGUUCCCCGACGGGAGGCACAGACAGGCGAGCCUAACCAGAGACAACCCAGCUCUGCACAUGGCCCCCAUAAAACCCAAGCGCUCGUUUAUAGAGUCCAACGUCUGAACGUAGUUUAUCGAAGCACAGAUACGGGCUGUUUUCAACAAGCUAUGUCCCGCAUAGUAGCAAGGGAGACCGGCGUGAGAAGAAUUCCCUUCCCUCAGCCUGUUUUUGUAGAUUUAUGCUGCAGCACUGCAUUUACAAUCUAGAACCAGUGUUCAACUCAGGCUACUCGGCUUUUUGCUUACAUGUAUACAGCGACACUAGUGUAUUCAAGGAAACCAGGCAUACCUUAAGUAGGGAUUUAAAAAAGAAAAGUGGUAUGUUGUCUCAACUUUUAAUUUAUUCUAUCAAAAUAUAGAAAUCAGAGAAAGCUUCGUGCACGAAUAUACGAAACCUCACGCUAUUAGCCGCAGGGUAUGACCAUUUCUAUUGUCAAGUGUCUUUUCAAGAACAUUUAUAUUUGUACGGUGUACACUAUAUUUGCAGAUUAUAACUAUAUAUAUGUACACUACCAGUCAAAAGUUUGGACAAAUCUUCUCAUCCAAUUCAAUGAGAAGGUGUGUUCAAACUAUUGAGUGGUAGUGUACACAUAUAUAUAUAUACAUAUAUAUAUAUAUCCCUGUAAGUGGUUAUCUGUCAGCAUUACAGGCUUCAGAAGGAAAUUACUUUGUGUAUUGAGAUUCCUUUUCUUGGUACAUUUGAUAAAAAAAAAAGGCAAUGUACAUGUUGGAAACUUCUUGUCAUAAUCUAACAUUGAAUUGACUGCUUCAAUAUUCACAGUAUAUGUUAUUUAUUUUUGCAUAGCAGAGAACAUAUUCAUAUAAAGUGUUUAUUGGUUCAUUUGGACACAGAGAGAGAGCAUUUACAGAGUACGUAGGAUAUAAAAAAUAAAACAAACUUAAUAAACUUUUUAACAUUGCUGUACGUCCAUAGUUGUCAUAUACCCUUUUCAGAGUCGUACUACGGAUCACUACAGAAUGCUGCCACAUUAUUACCGUGGUAUAAUAAAAUAUUAAUGGAGGACUACA